AUGGCUUGCAUGGCAAGAGGGGAAGGAGAGUCAAGGAAGGAGCAAGGGGACAAUGGUGGAAAGAGGAGGGAAACCACAAGUUCAAUAAUCGUACUUCCGAAUGCUCGGCUACACAAAGACGAUUAUGAGAGGACUUUGAAGUCUCUGGCCCAUUUUCUUAGCAAAGGAAUUUCAACCAAUAUCUCGAAGAGAACCGUGAGUUGGAAGUUCAAUGAGGAAAUCGUCAUCAAAAUUUUAUCCAUCACAUCAGUAUGGGCGAGGAUUCGCAGCAGAUGUGUUUGUCGAGAUUGGAAAAGGUUUGCUGACGACCCGCACGCAUGGGAGUAUGCAUAUUUCUCCUCGGCAUCUGGGCGGUGGACGAGGGAAGGGACGUGGGAGGAGGAUGAAACGGGUCGUUGUUCAGCAGCUCAAGGAAGACUUGAGGGAGGAAGUGUUUUCGAGGGGAAUACGGCAGGUUGCGAACCGUUGCUUCUCCAGUACCAAGCGAUUGCACGGACUUGCAAGAACCUCACGUCGUUGAAACAUCACCUUCCAGCUCUACACUUUGAUCCUGAUGAGAGGCUCCUCUGCAAGAGCAACUCGUUAAGAUUCCUUGACUUCUCCUCCUCCGACAAAAACAACGAGAUCGCCGUUCACAGGCUGAUAGACGCUCUGUAUCACGUCAGUGCUAUCUCGCACCUCAGUCUCAGAAACUGUGCAAAUGUCGAUGAUAGAAUCAUCAAGCCGCUUAUGGAACGGUGUGGCGGAGCUCUGACUCAGGCUGCUCUCAAGUAA